CUCUGACCUGAUUUCUGGCCAGGACGGAGGCCAUUCCUCCCUGAAUCUCUGAAGACCUGUUUGUGCAGCUCUUUGGACCACAGAAAGCCACCACUCGUCCACCAGGAUUCCAAGAACCCCAGCCCCGCUGACCCAGCAGGAUGAGCUUCUCACUCACGUUCAUGGAGCUGACCGACAUUGCCAUACCACAGUGCGGGGUGGUGAACUUCAAGGCCCUGCAUCUCCUGCUCCAGGGCAUUCUGGAGCACAUUCAAAUGGCCGAGCUCAAGAAGGUCCUCUCGGGGGAUGAGGACUUCCUCCAGAACUCGCAGGUUGUGCUUACGCCCAGGGAAGGAGAUGCCCAGCCCGUGAUCCACCCCGUGAAGCGGCUCAGCAACGUCUUUGACCAAGUGGUGAACCGCAUCGACAAGAUAGAGAGUCAGCUGGCCGUGCUGCAGGACCUGCCCUCCACGGCCCAGCUGCUGGAGGGCAGCCAGGGGACCAACCGGCCUGCCCAGGACCUAUGGCAUCUGAUCAAGCUCCGAAAGAUGGUGGAGGGCAAUGAAGAAGCCAUGGAAAAGUCCAUGGUAACCCUGCAGGAUUUGCUCACUGACAUUUGCACACUCAAGGUCACCAUCGAAACCCUCAGGAAGGAUGUGGACAUGAUGAAGGAUUUGUUUGAAAAGAUAUGCCCAGAAAAAAUGGACCUCUUCUCUGAGGACUUGAAAGUGCAGAGCCGGAAGAUGAGUACACUGCAGCAUGAAAUGGCUUCUCUCCAGAGCAAGAUUCACAGUCUUCCCAAAGCUGAGGAAGUGGUGCUCUGGAGCGGCCUCCACGAGGCCAUGUUCACACCGGAAGCCGCUUCCCUGGAGCUGGAGACAUCCAACCAGGGGCAGACCACAGACCAGCUUCCAGAGGCUGCCCUGGCCCAGGCCAUGCUGGUUGCGAAGCAGGCCAUGAGCCCUGAGGACAAGAAGACGGCUGUCAAGUACUCCAUGAGCCACAUAGCCCAAGUUCCUGUCAGACAUGACUCCCUAAGGGAGGAGUUUGCCCAGCUGUCAGCCAACCUGCAGCAGCGCUUGGACGGUCUAGUGAACCCGGAAGUCUUCUCCAAGCUUGUGACGGCCGUGGACGUACUGCAGGAAAAGAUGAAUAACCUCCAGAAAUCCAGGCUCAAGGAAGAAGAACUUGAGCGAAUUUGGGGCACCCAAAUAGAGUCAAUGAAGAAUCACUACAUCGUGCUGGACCGCUUGGUGGGAAAUCUCCAGACUCGCAUGGAUGAAUUCAAGACUCUCCAGGCUCAGAUCAAAUCCCUGGACCUGACCAAGGCGAAUACAAACAUGGUGGAGCAGGAGCUUAGAGAAAAAGCCGACAGGAGUGCUCUGGUGAACAAGGCCAGCCGGGGGGACCUGGAGACCGUCGUGGCGGAGCUGCAUGAGACAUUUCAGAGCAUACUCUUCAAGCUCACCACACACCAGGACCACUGGAAUAAGGUUGUGGAGCAGCUCAAGAAGGACCUGAGCACCAAGCUAGUGCACAGUGAUCUGGACGUGCUGAAGAAGGGCCUGGAAGAGGUCUGGGAAGUAGUCAAGAAGCUGCUGCUGGAGGGCCUGUUGUACGACCCCGACAGCGCCGCGGGCUUUCGGAGGAAACUGUUUGAGCGGGUGAAGUGCAUUUCCUGCGACCGGCCAGUGGAGAUGAUGACCGGCCCGCAGCUGAUCACCAUACGCAAAGCCCGCCUGCUGUCCAAGCUGCGGCCAGCCAGCGCCAACAGCUACGAAUACCUGCAGCGGCAAAUGAUGAGGGAACAUCAGCGGCUGCAGAUCCAGGAGGACGGCCUGCGCUCCCAGCAGGACUGGGGCGAUGGCCCCCGGCAUGACCCCACCCUCAAGUCCAAACCAGGGGACCUGGCAACACUCUACCCCUAUGGGGACCCCCAAGUGCUGGACUAUGACACCGCCGAAGUGGACAUCCUGGGAGUGGAUGGGAUUCUGUACAAAGGCCGAAUGAACAGCCAUUUUGGGACCCAGCCCUUGGCCACUGCAGAGAAGGAGCUGGCAGCUGUCAAGGCUCCUUGUCCCCCAGCUCGAAACCCGUAUGCUCCCGGGCGCUCCAGUGACUUGUUUGGUACCAUCUGCCCCCGACGGUGUUCAAAUGAGGCCAAGCUCCGCCGAACCCAAGCGGUUCACCCCUCGAGGCUGCUUCGGGGUCCACUGGUUCGCACAGCCCCAGCCCCACCUCCUUGUCACAGACUACCCGCAGCAGCAAAUGUGUGUUCUGAGCAAGGAGAUCUGCCCUGGAAAAAUGCACCACCAAUGCCCAGGCAGACAGCGGGAAGGCGGCAGUGCCGGCACCAGCCCGAAGGCCGUUCCGGGACACUGGACUCCUGAGCUGGCCCCUGUGGCACCAUCCUAUCUGCCUGACCUUUGACUUCCCAUGGAUGUGGGGCUCUAUGCAGACUCUCCAGACGUGUGACACCAGAGGGCUUCUCCUCGCCCCUCCCUCUCCUUGCUCGUGGCUUGAUCGGGGUCUCUAGGAAUGGCCCCACCUACGUUUGCAGUGUUCUUAUUCCCCAGUGGUGAGAAGUGGUUCCUGAGGGGGAGCAGGAUUCUACCCCCAGGCUCCCAGCGCCACGUGGUGUGCCACCAACAGGCCUUGGCAGUCCAAAAGCAGUGCCACACUGCCCUCCCCAGAAGGGCUCGGCCUCACCCACCCCAAAAGAACUGAGUUCUUUUAAGGCUCAUUUGAAAUACAUAUAUUACCCAA